GCAUUCGCUCUUGUCGUGCCUUUCCUAUUUUCUUUUGGAGUUUCUGUUCCGGCUCGUCAAAUGUGCGGCAAUAUUUCUAGUGGUUAAGGGAACGAGCAUCGACAGACACGCACCAGACAGACAGAGGCAUUCCAGAGUUUCUUCGGCCACGGAUCCUAAAGCCGAGAGAGGUUGCUUUUGAAAAGACACAGAAGAAAAAAGACCAACCGGCAUUGCAACACACACCGCGAAAGGUAGCAAACAUCAGCAGCAUCACCAUCAAUAUCAAUAUCAGCAACACCAACAGGCACAAGUCGAACCGCAAUGAAUGAUCCACGCCUGGGAAACAAUGGAGGUCGUUCGACGACCGCUCCGGAGUCGCUUUUGUACGGCUCGUCGGGCAGUCAGCAGUGCGUCCCMAUCGGCAAUCCCUCGGACGCCUACUCCUCCCCGUUCGUGUCGAACUACGACUUUUUGAAAGACGAGGAUCCCGAUUUCCAAUUGAUGGACGAGGUUCUCUGGGGACCCGAUACGAACACAACCACGGACGAACUCGCCCCAAAACCCAAGCCYGGAAGGCUAGACGACCCCUGUGGAUGCAGGAGACCGAAAUGGGAAGAUCUGCAAACGAAACCAAAGUCCGAACUSAUGCAGUGCAGGGACCUCUCGUGCGUCCUCUUCGCUUGUCUCGAGGAGUGCCGGUCGAACUGCGAGGCGGGGGAGUUCUGUGGCAACCGGCGCAUACAGCGGAAACAGUGGAAGCAGCUCGAAGUCUUUCAAACGGAGAGAAAGGGGAAGGGGCUCCGGGUUUUGGAGGACGUUAAACAGGGCGAGCUGGUGACGGAAUACGUCGGCAAGGCCGUCAACAAACUYUAUCUGAACCAUCUCUUUCGUCGAUACGCCACGGAGCGGAAGCUCUACAUCAUGGCGAUCACAAACGACAUCUAUCUGGACGCCCGGAAGGUUGGGGGCGUCGCUCGCUACAUCAACCACAGCUGCGAUCCCAACUGCCAGGUAGAACGGUGGAAGGUCCGCGGGAUCAUGCGAGCGGCGGUGGUCGCUCGGAAGGACAUUCCGGCCGGGACGGAGCUCUCCUUCGAUUACCAAUGGGAACGGAAACGGGGCCGGGCUCCGACCAAGUGCUACUGCGGUGCAAAAAACUGUCGACAAACCCUGGAGGUCAGCCGCAGCAUGGAGGAAGAGGAAAUCGAGCGGCGCCUCUCGCAGCACUGGAAAAAGCCCAUGAUAUCGAGGGCCGGAAAAGAAAUCGUCAACCGGUGYAUAAAGCUCAUGUCCAAAGAGGUGCAGGAAUACUACCCCGCCGAUGUGGUACAGUACGACGAGAACACCGGCAAGCACCUGCUCAUGUACCGACACGAUCUGGAYGAAGUAUGGGAAGAUCUGAAAACCGAGGACUGGAUGAUUCUUGACGAAGAGGCCGAGCAGUUCAUCAUUCGAAAGAAGAGCACGAACAACCACCCAAGCAGACCCAGCAAAAACAGAUCGCUGAUUGGAGGCGGGCAUGCCACCGCGGGGAUGCUGUUGCAGGGCCAGCAGCAACAAGGCACCACCAUGAAUUUUGUGUACACACCAAGCUAUGUWAAAUCAGCACUCUUCGACCGUCACUUGAUCGAGCGGUGCCAGCGGUCUUGCCGGGUCACGAUUACACCGCAGCAAUUAUCGCGAGACGAAAUCCAGAGCAACAAGGAUCAUCCCGAAUACAACCAGCGCAUGAAAGCGUUGAAGGACAGCCCGGACGGUGUCGUAUGGAAAAUGACGCUGGCGGGUUCGGAUGUUCCCAAGGCGCGACAGAUCCUGGACAAGAAUGUUGCGUACAUCGUCAGCAAGGCUGCAGAGGGCAACGGUGCAAACGGGAAGACCCCGACGAAGGCCAAUGGAAGUUUAGCGACAGCGGCGGCUACCCCGGCCAAGACAGCGGCGGCAGCUAUGAAUUCCAACGAGUUUGUCUUCCCACGGGCAAUCGUUGAUUCGAUAAAACGGCGGCUGCCCACCCUGCGGGAACGCUGUCGAAGCGUCAACAUUGCAUUCGCUCCGUCGGACUCGAAAUCAAAACAARUUGCGAAACUGAUUGUGGAAGGUUCGCUCGUAUCGGAUGUCGAGUCGGCAACGGAGUUCCUAUGGAAGCAACUCAGCACGGCGUGCGAAGAGCACAAUACACCGAAGACGGUGUCGGGGAUCUUCGAGGAUCUUGGUCUGUUGGGGGGACAAAUGAGCAACUCGGACUUCAACAAGCUACUGGAUUUUGAUAGCGCUGGUUUAGAAUCGMUGUCGUCUCCUUCCAUGGCGGGAGGAGCCGGCUCGGCAUCUUCGCUGAAACACGACGCGAAAAAAGAUCUCUCACGGUGUUCGCCGUUCUUUCCUUCGUUUGAGGCAGCACAAAGGUGCACGAUAUGGGUUCAGGCCGAGUCCGAUAUGGGCCGCAUCAGCAGAGACAACCGAAUAGUCAACGUUGCAACCCCAAACACUCCUCGAAAGCUUUACUUUGGAUGCGACCCCAAGUCCGUUUCGAGACUAUGGAAAUUGAUCAUGGCGCGAGCGAUGGAAGUGAGUAGGGGAGUCAAGUAUUUGUUUUUGGGRCCCGAUAGAAUCUACCUGCCGCAGAUGAUGCAAAACAGCGGYCAGUUCUUUGACUUUGUUCAGAAGGCAUCUUCUGCCUCUGUUACCAUAGACACCAUGACCGGAAAUCACCUUAGGAUAGACGGGGAAGACAAAAAACUUUAUUAYCACCAAGUUAUCAAUCAAUCCAGCGAUAUCCCCGUCGGCCAACGGGUUACCCUGGCGGAAGAACUCAUCCGGCUCCAAAUCGAAUUGUACCGAGACCACUGUAUCCGGCAAGAUAAUUGGAUCUUUGGAAGAGAUUGGAGCUUUGCAAGGAAAUCUGCUAAAUCGAGCAACGAAUCGCCUAACAAUACUAGUGGAGGAGUCGCAGGCAGAAAUGUACUCAAUAAUAAUGGUGUAAAUUUCGACAACAAGUCGUUGACAAAUGCAUGUUUCGAAAUUGGUGACAUAGUCGCUUCAUUGAAGCUCGAUGGUGACGUCGCCGCACAUGCGUCAGUUAUUAUCUAUCGAUUCCUAACUGUACAAUCGCAACAAGGGUCUUUGGAAACGCAAGUGAAAAUCAGAGAACUGCUACUUGCCUGCGUUUUCAUCGCGAACAAGGCGCAAAAGGCAUGCAGGUGGAAAAAACUCGACACCAUCCUCGCGGCUGCUUACGAAAGUUUCUAUCCGGGUGUUAGAUUUGAUUCCUCGAAAGAAGAAUCGCUUGUCUGGGAAGAAAAAGUCAUCGCGGCAGAGUCUGAAAUUUUAGUUCGUCUCAAUCAUGACGUGUUCUCCGAGGGAUUUGGCUCGAUUGCUGCUACAGCUGUUGAGUCUGGAGCAAUGGACCAGCGGCUGGCAAAAUAUACUCUUGCUUUUGCCGUCAGUGGCCCGAUUCUAGCGGGCGGGGCAGAUCUUUGGCUCAAUUAUGGAGAGGAAUACAUUUUUACGGCAUGUGCAGCCUUUUUGGAUGCGAAGUUUGAAAAUUUGUUCACGGCCCUUUCGCUAAUCCCGAUUAAAGUCUUGCAAACUGCUGAAAUAAUCGCUGCAUCAGUGGAAAGAACUGGUUUUGGGAAGAAAAAUUUGAAUAAUCACCCUAUCAUGAAGGAGGGCAAAAAGGGUCUCAAUGAUCGAUUGGCUGGAAUCAAAACUCUUUGUGUAUUUUUGAUGAGUAACAAACAAGGAGGGAAUGGACAAGUAUCAAUAAUGCACUCUGAGACGGAGCUGCGGUACAAGAUCAUUCGAGAUCGUAACAAGCAACGUCGCAUCUAUCCAAACGUUUCAAUGUCUGUGAUUGAAAACUUGAUUAUUCCCUCUAUAGACGGAAUCAGCGCAGAAAGCAAAUGCAAUAUCUUUAUCAAUAAGAAUCGAUCGAUCACAUCAUAUGAUUUAAUCUUAGAAGGCUCCUGGAGAGCGAUUGCAAUUGCAUCAUAUUUGUUAAAGGAGGCCACGAACGACGAAGCGGAAGGAAAAGAUAAUUUGRGGGAGCCCGAUGACUCUGGGACAGGUGCGAUUCACGAGCAAAACAGCAUUCAAGCGAAGGGAGAGCCGGGCUUAUUACAAAUGAAUAUGAUAGAGGAUGGUUGGUCGGGAACAAUCCAAUCUGAAGUUUCGAACCAAGCUGUAUGGGGCCGAAAGACUGGUGGCAAAUGCUGUGUUCCAGGGAAAAUCAAGGCUGCGGACUUAAGGAAAGGAGGCCUUCGGUGGUGGAUCCCUCCAAGAUAUGGCCCAAGUACAACUGGUUCUAUAUGCGACAUGUUUUUGAACAGUGCAGAUGAUAAAUUGGUCGAUGCAUUGAAAAAUUUGUGUGACGGAAGUCAAGGGGAGUCGCCAUCUUUUUCUAUUCUUUCGAGAUCUUCUACCGAGAAGUCGUCUGUUAAUGGAUCUAGUGAUAGAUUCUCAGCGUUAUCUUUGCACCGAUGGCCUUCGGAAAAAGUAGCUGCGAGGGAGCAAUUGAGGGCCAAAAAAGAUGCAAAGAAAGGAAAGAAGUCGAAAAAAGCUGUGAUGCAAGUUGGUUUUUCGCCCGCAGCUCUUCAAGAAAUGCAAACACUGAGACAACUUCACGGGCUCAUYAAAUCACCAAGAGGCCAUCCAAAUUUGUAUCUKCCCAUUGGUGUGGUGUUACCGUCAGAGCAACAAAACAAAGAGAGUGACCUCGCAUCCAAUGGUAUCAAAAGUGGCUUUGACCUGAAACGAAUUGAUGAAGAUAUUUUUUCUUUGACCCGUUCAAGUCUUGAAAAUGAAGCAGCAGCCCAAAAAGAGAAAGAACGAAAGGAGAUGGUGAAUGACCGACAUCUCGUCAUUGAACCGACACCUUUCAUACUUCAGCGAUUCGUACAGAAGAAACGAAGAGACUGCAAGGAAGAGGAUCAGAAGAUUUUGAGCCCAGUAAUAUUUGCAACUUGGUGUUUUGAUCUCCUGUCCGCCGUUUUGCACUGCCACGGAAAUGGUAUCAUUCUUAGAGGAACCUUGAAUCUGGAUUUGAUUMUUUUAGAUCAUAGUGGCGUUGCAAAGGUCGGUAGCCUUUACAAAUCAAGUGCAUUCAACAAGGAUGAUACGAAACUCAACAUGAAUGUCGGCCUUCUCAAACAAGCACGGGAAAAGAAAAAGGAUCUUGAUCGGCGAAAAAAAGAAAACYCGAAGUUCGUUUCUGAUGAACAAGACGAUGUAUUGAAAGAUCCAUAUGUACCGCCUGAAAUGCUUUUGGGAUCACCCAGAUACACGAAGGAAACUGAUAUGUGGGCGCUUGGUUGCUUGCUGUCGCACCUUCUUCUGAACAAACCAAUUUAUUCUGGCAAAGAUAAAYCMAACAGACAAGCACUUUUAUCAGCAAUUUACAAAUUGGUCGGUAUACCUGCCGUAAAUAACUUCGAGCUGGGAGCAAAAUUUCCGUAUUACAAAAAGCCAGAAAAGAAGUAUCGACCCGGUGUUGAAAAGGCAAUUCCAAAGUUAAUGAAAGGUGGCGACGACGCAGCAUACGCCAGCGCGAUUGAUCUAAUACGGCAAAUGUUGCACCUCGAUCCGGAAAAGCGCAUCACCGCUAAAGAGGCCCUACAGCAUGAAUACAUGGCAAAGUAUAUCGAACAAUCCAACACUCAAGUUUUUCAAGAGACUUUUGUCCGAGAUUGGAUCAAUCUGAAGAUGCGAUUAUCGAAAUCGAGCSAAGACGAAAGCAAGGAGAGGGAACGGGGCAUAAAGCGCAAGGCCAUGCUAAUGGCAGCAUCAAGAUCGGCUACAAGCACGAUGGAGGAGGAUGACUUGUAUGAUAUGGGAGAUAUUUUAGGGGUCGGGGGAGAAACCAAGAAACCAAAAACGACGUGACAACGGCGAAAUCUAGCUAUACUACAGCCGUAUAUAAUCUAGCAAAACAUAUUUUUGAAAGGUUAUCAAUGAAAAGAACUCGUAAAAUAUUGUUGAUAGAUCCCUGUUUCUACAAGGAAGUAGAAAGGCCUAUGAAGAUAGUGCUAAAGUGUAAUAAAAUCUUAUGCAAUCA